AUGAAUUGGGAGACUUUCUAUGAUGAGAGGAGUUUGUUUCUCCUUGAUUCCAAUUAUGCCAUCGUUCAGCAAGCCUUUGUACCUGGCUCCUCGCAGAUUCCAGAGCAAUCAAUGCUUGUGAGCAACUUCGUCACCGCACAUCAGCAAAUUAACUAUGCAACAAACGUGCCAGAGAAUGAGAACGUUAGCCGCGAAGAGGCAACGGAAGCAUUCAAAAUACGCGCGAUCAAUUUGUUGAAGACCCCAAAACCUGAAUUACACGACGCCAUUCGCGCAUUAGAAGAAAUGACAACCUUCCUGGUCGAGAACUCGAAACCGUUAAAAUCUACUCGAAACGAUCCUCGACUGAAUGUAGCCGAAAUGGAGGCAAUGGGACAGUUCCUCAUUAAGGUCUGUGAUGAUAUAGAACCUCGCGGGCUAGUGGAUUAUGAGAUGGGUGUUUGGGAAGAGGAGAUUCUUGACCUCAUUGCCAGAUGCAUUGACAAAUGCGAGUCAGAAAAGGCCGCGGACUCGGGCCCACCUAAGGCAUAA